AUUCCCUAGCCACAACCUGGCUCCGCCCCUUCUUGCCACGAGGCUCUUCAAUUGUUUUCCUUCUUUCUUUCAACUGUACUUGUAUCUAUAUGAAUGCCCAUUCACUUCCUUUGCUAUUUCCUAUAUAUAUACAGACUCCUCUUUCUUUUUAAAGCAUCUAAAAAUGGAUCUUGGAGGAGGCAAUGGUAGUGGAGGCUUUCAUAGCUACCGCAGGUUACCAAAAACAACUUCCUCUGAUGGCAACAUGAAUCUGGCUGCCCAACUCAACCAAGUCACAACUACAACGAACAAUAACAACAGCAAUAAUAAUAUCAAUGUUUCAUCCACAAACGAUUCUGAAUGCACUGUCCGCGAGCAAGACCGUUUCAUGCCAAUAGCAAACGUGAUCCGAAUCAUCCGAAAAAUACUGCCUCCACACGCCAAGAUAUCGGACGACGCGAAAGAGACAAUCCAAGAAUGCGUGUCCGAGUUCAUCAGCUUCGUUACUAGCGAAGCCAAUGACCGUUGCCAGCGCGAACAGCGCAAGACUAUCAUGGCCGAGGACAUGCUCUGGGCCAUGAGCAAGUUAGGGUUCGAUGAUUACAUCGAACCCCUGACUCUGUACUUGCACCGUUAUCGCGAGUGCGAUGGUGGGGACCGCAGCUCCCUUAGAGGGGAGCUGCUGCUAAUGAAGCCACGGGGGGUUGUAGUUGAUCCCGCGGCUUCAUCUAGCAUUGCCAACAAUAUGGCACCUAUUAAUUAUCCCUUGCCACCUAAUUUUACUAUGGCUUAUCAUCAUGGCUACUUUGCUUAUGGACAUAUGAGUAAUGGAUACAUGCAGAGUGAUGACGAUGUUGCUUCAAAUUCUCAGUCUAAUAGUGAGGCAAAUGAUGUGAAUCAUGUGGAGAGCAUAAGGAGUAAGGUUUGACAGUACUAGAGAAG